AUGUCUUCCAAACCACAACCACCACUACCAAGUGUACCUUCUUCCUCUUCCUCUUCCUCUGCCGCUUCUUCUUCCCUCCGUCCCCUCAACCCCACAAAACCAAUCCCAAUCUUCACUCCAGCCCAACGUCUUCCUUCAAAACCAUCUUUCCCUAUUCCUCCUCCUCCUCUUCCUAUUCAAAACUUCUUUAACCAUCUAACCUUAUCUUCACCAUCUAUAAUACCAAAGGGAGCCGGUCUCCACCACUAUCCUCAUCAACAUCAUCAACAUCAACAUCAACAUCAACAACAAAAACCAAUCAGCAUGCAAUCCACCGUUCCAGAACCUCGUACGAACGAGGAACUAACUCCUCUAAUCGACGCUCACAUUGCAAAAGUCCUUGAAGACCUAAAGGCAUCGGAAGAAUAUACUCCCGAAAUCGUCGAUGACCUUACAAAGCCCACCGAGAAAUUGGCACAAACCAUCGAUCAUACUUUAUUAAAACCCGAGGCUACAGAAGACCAAAUCAAAGUAUUGUGUGAGGAAGCUAUAGAGCAUGGGUUUAAGAGCUGCUGCAUAAACCCCUCCCACGCCCGUCUAGUCUCCACAACCCUCUCCAACACCCCACAAACAAUCGCCUGCUCAGUAAUUGGCUUCCCACUAGGCGCAACCUCUACUUCUUCAAAAUGCUACGAAGCAUCACUAGCAAUCCUCGAUGGCGCCAAAGAAAUAGAUAUGGUCCUCCCCAUCGGUCAAUUCCUCCAAUCCGACUAUUCAUACGUCUACAACGAUAUCUUCUCGGUUGUUCGCGCGGCAAAGGGUAUCCCCGUCAAAGUCAUCAUUGAAACUUCGUUAUUGAAAACCCAGGAACAGAAGAUUGCGGCGUGUUGGAUUGCGGCUGAGGCUGGUGCGGCUUGGGUUAAGACUUCUACGGGGUUCAAUGGUGGUGGAGCUACGGUUGAAGAUGUUAGAUUGAUGAGGUUGGCGGUUAAGGACAAUGAAGGGGUUAAAGUUAAGGCUUCCGGUGGGGUUAGGAACUUUGAACAGGCGAUUGGGAUGAUUAAGGCUGGUGCUAGUAGGAUUGGAACGUCGAAUGGUGUUGCUAUUAUGGGGGGUACUCCUGUGAAGAAGGAGAAUAGUGGGGAGGCGAAGAAGGAGGAAUCUUAUUAG